CACUAAAAUUUGCAUUUCAGCCUACUUAAUUGAUCUUUGUAUUUUCUGUUUGGCUGAUGACUGAUGAGAGAAGAUGCAACAGCUCAAAUUAGUUCUUCUAUGGGCCCUCAUGGCAGAGGUAGCAACUUCGGCCACUGUUGAUAGCUUCAUCUUCACCAAUGGAUUCACCGGCAGCAAACUUGUACUGGAUGGACUAGCAUCGAUCACUGAAAAUGGCCUUUUGAGGCUCACUAAUGACACCAAACAAUCAACGGGACAUGCCAUCUAUCCAACAUCAUUUAACUUUCUCCAACCUUCAACAGGCACUGCUGUGGCCUGUGAUCACUACAUACUUGGUUGGAGUUUUAAGCUGAAUGGAUUAGUACCUGAAGCUCUAAAUAUUUCUACACUGCCUUCUCUCCCUGAACAUACAGCAAUCAAGGAAAAAGCAAAGUAUCCGAUAACAAUAUGGUUGACUGCUGUUGGGUCCGUGGUCUUGUUAACAAGCGUGGUUGUAGUAGUUAUGUUUAUCAUUAUGAGGAGAAGAAGGAUCAAGUUUGCAGAGCUGGUUGAAGACUGGGAGCGCCAAUAUGGUCCCCAUCGUUUCUCAUACAAAACUUUGUUCACGGCCACAAAAGGAUUCAAGGACAAACAGCUUCUUGGAGUUGGAGGAUUUGGAAAAGUCUACAAAGGAGUGCUGCCCAAAUCCAAUACUGAGGUUGCUGUGAAAAGAAUAUCUCAUGAAUCAAUGCAAGGGAUGAGAGAGUUCGUAGCUGAGAUAGUAACACUAGGCCGGCUCCGGCACCGCAACUUGGUUCAGCUCCUCGGGUACAGCCGGAGAAAAGGAGAGCUUCUCUUGGUCUAUAACUACAUGCCUAAUGGCAGCCUUGGUGAAUUCCUCCAUUGCAACGAUAAGCCAGCUCUAAACUGGUCUCAGAGAUUGCAUAUCAUCAAAGGAGUGGCUUCUGGCCUUCAAUACUUGCAUGAAGAUUGGGAGCAAGUAGUAAUACACAGAGACAUAAAGGCCAACAAUGUGUUGCUAGAUAGCGAAUUGAAUGGCAAAUUAGGAGACUUCGGUCUCGCGAGACUCUACGAUCAUGAUAUGGACCCUCAAACAACACAAGUGGCCGGAACUAUGGGGUAUAUUGCGCCGGAGCUUGCUAGAACUGGAAGACCAACUACACUGACUGAUGUUUUUGCCUUUGGAGUUUUUGUGUCAGAGGUUGCAUGCGGAAGGAGACCUAUAGACUUCAAGUUAAAAGGUGAUAAUCAGAUUGUGCUGGUGGAUUGGGUGCUAGAGAAUUGGAAAAAGGGAACAGUUCUUGAUAGCAUAGACCAGAGGUUGGGAGAUGAGUACAUUGUGGAUGAGAUGAAGCUUGUGUUGGAGCUUGGGUUGUUAUGUUCUCAUCCAUUGCCAGCAUUAAGGCCAAGCAUGAAGCAAGUGGUUCAGUGUUUGAAUGGUGAUGCCCAAUUGCCACCACUGUCGUCUCUUGCUUUCUCAAACUUUGACCUCCUAGCAUUGCAGCAAAAUGAAGGGUUUGAUAAGUAUGUGUUAUCAUAUCCCAGCUCUAGCAUUCCUACAUCUGAAAGCAAUAAUGCGGAUUCCAGAUCCAUAAGCAUUGAAGAACAGAGUAUGUGAAGAUUUUAUUUAUUUCAGCAAACUUCAAUAAUUUUAUAUAUGUUAUGUUUAGUGUAAACCAGUAACUGUGAUCUGUCAUAUCACAGAUAUAUAUAUAUAUAUAUAUAUUGUAUCAGUGAAUGAGCGAAGUGGGCUGCAACCUCUCUCUGUUUAGAGCUCUGCUUCUGCAACUCAAUCUCAAAAUUUCAGUAAUAAUCCUUUGAAUCUUCAACGUCAUUUAUCCUUUAAUUUA